AUGGGAGGGUCGGCGCCGUUCCCCGGCGGGCAGGGUCGCACGAGCGGGCAGCUGCAGCACCCCACGCCUGGUUGUGCGACCUUCAGGUUCAAGGGCGUCUUCGGCUGCGACCUGAAGUCUCCCUUCAAGGGCUCCAUCAUCAGAGCGUCGCUCCGGCGAGAGGAGCGCGCCAAGACCUGCACCUUUAUGCCACAGGCUUUCGACUUGAGCCGCGCCAAGAGAAUCUUCCAGGAAUUCGAGGACACCCUCAAGGACGGAGAGGUGAUCCUCUUCUUGACGAACGUCGCGGUGGUGGAGCUCUGGCGCUGGGACCCUGGGUCUCCGGAGCCCACGCGCAUCACCACGGCCACUCUGGGCGUCUCAUCGGGGCACAAGCUGCCGAGGGCACCGUCAGGGCCUGGCGUCGUUAAGCGGUUUUUGGAGCGGUUCGACUCUUUCGGCGAGCUGGAGAAGGAGCUCCGCAAGGACGGCGCCGACCUCCCAGAGAUAUUCGACGUCGUGGACAUGAAGACCGAGAACGCUAAGACAGGGGUGAUCGACCAACACCGAUGGAUGAGGUAUGGGUGCUUCACCCAGCAGAAGGAGAUCGUGGGUCUGGUGGAGUCGUGCAAGUGCGUCCCCAUGGCGGCCCUGGCGAUGCCCCUCGGGCACAAGACCGAGGGGAGCCUCUUCGCCUCGCUGCCGCUCCCCCUUACCACGAGGCUCCCCAUCCACGUGAACGGGUGGUUCCGGCUGCACGACAACCGCCGAGGCAUCUGGCGCCUGCGGUCCGACCUGGACGGAGAGCACCGGCUGUGGGGGCAGUGGAAUGACCUCAUCCUGACGUCGUUCGUGCCCAAGCUCUACUCGCAGGCGCUGCAGUGCCUGGCCGAGCUGAAGGACGUGUCGAAUGACUACGGGCACUCGUGCUGGCCGACGGACGGCACCGUCGAGAAGGAGUUCGUGGGAAUGAUCAACCCCCUGGUGGCAAACUUGAAGGACAUGGCAGUGCUCCCGUCGGCGCCCACGGGCAAGCUCGUGAAGCCCGGGACGGCGACCUACUUCCCGACCCCGUCGCCGGCUCUGCAGGCGUGCAGGGCUCGCCUCCUCGAGCUCUGCGCCGAGGCUGGCUGGGUGGUCGUGGAUCCUCCCGAGCACGUCGUCAACCUUCUGCACAGCCGGAAGGCCUUGUCGAGGAAGACGUGCACCGAGGUGUUCCUGGAGGUGGUGCUCCCCGCCGCACCGAGGCUGCCAGAGCAGGAGCUGGCCACGCUCCUCCUGGCCUUCCUGGAGUGGGCUGGCUCGUGGAAGGAGGCCGAGGUGAGGGACUUUGCAAAGAAGAUGGUGCCAGUCAGAUGGGUGCCCAGCGAGGACGGUGCAGUGCGAACGGUGGCUGACUCAUUCGACCCGGCGCACAGUCCCGAGGCGCUGCGUGUUGUGAGGGAAAGGCGGGCCAAGAUUGGCGCGCUGAUAGACGCUGGUAAGCUGAAGGCCGAGACGGUGUGGCAUGUCCUUGGCCUCUGCGGUAUGAAGAAGGAGAUCACAUGGGAGGACGCGGUGGACGAGGCUGGCACAAUUGUGCAGGACGGCAGCGUGGAAAGGUCUCGGUUGCUCUUCGAGCGGCUGAACCAGCAGCACUCCAAGCUGCUCGGCUCCAGAGCGGCCUGCCUCAGCAAGCUGAAGGAGAUUCCGUGGGCGCCGGUCGUGGAGGCCAAUCCUGCAUCGGAGCCGAAGCAGCCGAGCAAGCUGCUGGCCCUCAAGGAGGUCUUCCCCGAGGCCGCCCGCAAGCUCGUCUGGGCCGUGGCGCCCUCGCUGUGCCUCGUCUCCGCCGUCGACGAGCUGCGACCUGGGCGGAAGGUGGAGGAUGAGCCGGACGUGCUGGUAGACCAGGUGCGCGCGCUCGCCGACGGCGUCGCGAGCAACGGUAAGGGAACUCCGGCGUACGCUCCCGCCGAAACCCUGGAGCACCUGAAGGUGGUGUUCGGGGCGCUGCUGGGCCUGCUGUCCAAGCUGAAGAACUUCAAGGAGCACCCGAAGCUGAAGGGUGUUGCCUUCGUGCCGUGCCAGACCACCGACGAGUCCGACAAGGGCGCCUGGCUCUUUGCCUCCGAGAGUGCUGCUUUCCAGGCGCACCGCAAGGGCUCCGAGCUGAGCCCUGUGAUCGGGCUGGUGAAGCAGGCCGACCAGACGAUCAAGAUGAUUGCGGAGGCGGCGGGCGUUGCCAAGGAGCCGCGCUCGGAGAUGCUGAUGCAGGCCCUGGCCAAGUCGGGCGCCGCCGCUCCAGGGCUGGAGCUGGCCGUGGCGCUGGCGUCCGAGCUAGCCGCGCGCACAAAGGCGCAGGGCAAGAAGCUGGAGCAUGCCAUGGUGCCCACCGUGAAGGGCACCAUCGAGAGCAUGAAGCACGUGUUCAUCAACGACGCUCCCUGGUGGCAUCAGCGCGGCGUGGUGACCCUGCACCCUGGCGUCACCGCGGAGGAGGGCAGCAUCCUGGGCUGCACCUCGCUGCGGGAGGAGAUGGCCCGCAGGUGCGAGGGCAAGGACGCCGCGCCGGCGCCCUCCAAGGAGGAGGCCACGAAUGAGGCGGAGGGAGUGAGCAAGCUGAGGAAGCUCCUGCAGGAGUUCGGGGACGGCGCCAACAUCAUCUCGGAGUUCGUGCAGAACUGCGACGGCGCAGGCGCGGGCUCCGUGGCCUUCUUCCUCAUGGAGGAGGCCUUCCCCGGGGAGAAGAUCCUGGACCCGCGGGCGUCGCCGCUGCAAGGCGCGGCGCUCUACGUCUGCUCCGACAAGGCCCUCUCGGCGGAAGACGUCAAGAAGAUGCAGGCCAUGGGCCACCUGCGCGAGGACGCGAGGCCAGGGUGCCUCCAGGGCGACUUCGGGGUCGGCCUCAGUUUCAUGUACCGUUACUCGGACUGCCCGCAGCUGCUGUCUGGCAAGAGGGUGCACUUUUUCGACCUCUCUCGCGGCUUCGCGGCUCGGCCGGGCAUGGCGUGGGGGCGGCACUUCUCCCAGGAGCAGCUCAAGGAGGACUUCCCAGACAGCUACGCCCCGUUCGAGGCUAAGCUCGUCGCGGGGAAGUUUCCAACGGUCUUCCGCCUGGCGCUCCGCACGAAGCGGAGCGACCUCGGCCUGAAUCUCGAGCUGUCCACGGUGCGAGAGGAGCUCAGGAAGGCGGCCGCCAGCGGGGACAAGACGCUGCUCUUCACUCGCAGCGUUAGGCGGUUGGAGUUCCGCGAUGGCGACGCGCUGGUUGCAGCCCACGAGAAGUCCACGAAGGAUUCCAAGGGCUACGCGGCAUUCUGCUCGGGUCUCCGCGCCCCAGUGUCCGAUCUGAAGUCUGGCGAAUUUGUCCAGCACCUCGCGCACAAGACCGUGAAGACGCAGCUGCCCGAGACAGCGGCUUCAGCGGAGUGGGUAGUGAUCCACCGCAUGGGUGUGAAGGACGACGCGAUGAAGGGAGUCGUGAAGGAGUUAGCUGGAAAGGGUGGGAGAGGCGCGCUGCCGCACGCUGCUGCGGCAUUCCGAGUCAGCCCCGUGGAGGAAGACCUGCAGGGUGGCAAGGUGUGUUGUGGCUCACCGCUGCCCCUCGGCUGCAACGCGUCUGCGUGGGUAAGCGCGGGGUUCGCGCUGCCGCCAUCCCGCAAGACGCUGCCGCUGCCAGAGCCCAAGGACAGCAAGCCAUCGCCGGACCAGCGGUGGAACAAGAUGUUGCUGGAGGGUCCCGUGGCCGAGAGCAUCCAGGGGCUGGUGACGCACUGCACCGAGGGCUUCUUGAGCAAGAGCCUGAGCUCCCAGGGCUACUUCUCUCUUUUCCCCAAGCCUGGUGACCUCCUGCAGUCCAUACUGUCGUCGGCCACUGUGAGCCUGGACUGGAUCGCGUCCACGCUGGUCAACCCAGAGACAUCGCAGCUGAGCUCGGAGCACCUGGCCAGCCUGACCUUGGGGCUGCUGGAGUGGGCCGGGUCCUGGAAGGAGUCGGAGGUGAAGGAGCUGAGCCAGAAGCUGGCCUCCACGAAGUGGUUGCCGACAGAAGAUGGCUCCCUGCGCACGAUCUGCGACGUGUUUGACCCAGCGAUUCCCGUGAAGGCUUUCCGCAUCGUGAAGGAUAAGUUGGCGAAGAUCGACGGUCUGAUUGAAAACAUGAAGCUCGAUGCCCCGACGGUGUGGCGGGUCCUGAGACUGUGCGGCAUCAAGCAGGACAUCACCUGGGAGGACGCUGUGGACGAGGCCGAGAUCAUUGCCGCCGAGAGCGACCUGGAUGCAGCCAAAGGCUUCCUCGCGCACCUGAACAAGUGCCACUCCAGCAUGAAGGGCUCCCGCGCGGACGCGUUGCGCAAGCUCCAGGGCCUGGCCUGGGCGCCCGCGAUGCAGCCGUGCAGCGGCCAGGAGCCCAAGGACAGCCUGAAGCUGACGCUGCUCAAGGACGUUUACCCGCAGUCCGCGCGCAAGCUGACGUGGGCCGUCGCCCCUGCCCUGUGCAUGGAGUCUGCCGUGAGCGAGUUGAAGCCUGGCCUGUCAGUGGAUGCCAACGCCGAGGUUCUGGUGGACCAGAUCCGGGCGCUCGCCGGCUCUGUGGAGUCGACCCCGGGAGCGCCGCCUCUGGCGACCGCGGCCCUGGUGGAGCACCUGCGCACCGCCUUCGGCGCGCUGCUGCCGCUGCUGCCCAAGCUGUCGAAGCCGCUGGCCGAGCACCCCAAGCUGUCGGACGUCGCCUUCGUGCCCUGCUUCCCGCUCGAGGAGGACGACGGCUGCGCGGCACUCUUCGUGCCAGGCCGGGCCGCCUUCCAGGCGCAGCACGCCCACCGCGCCCUCUACCCCGUGGUCGGCAUCGUGAAGCCCGCAGACUCGACCCAGAAGAUGAUCGCCGAGGCCGCUGGGGUCGCGAAGGAGCCCAGGGCCCCCGCGCUCGCAGAGGCGCUGCGAGGCGCGCCCAAGGGCGACCUCGGAGUGGCCCUCGCCAUCGAGCUGGCCGCCCGCAUUCGCGCGAAGGAGGAGACGCCGGACAACAUCAUGGUCCCCACCGCAGGGGGCACCAUCCAGCCGGUCAACGAGGUGUUCAUCGACGACGCACCCUGGAAGCACCGCGCCAGUCGCAUCACGACGCUGAACGCGCGCAUCAGCGCGGAGGACGGCGCCAUCCUGGGCUGCACCUCGCUGAGGGACGAGAUGGCGCGUCAGGCCGAAGACGAGGAGGGCGCCACGGAGGCCGACAAGGCUGCGCAGGAGGAGGACGGCUUCGGCCAGGAGGCGGACCUCGUUGCCCAGGUCAAGCAGCUGCUGCAGGAGUACGGGGACCACGCCGACCUGGUGCAGGAGUUCGUCCAGAACACCGACGACGCGGGGGCGAGGGAGAUGGCGUUCUUCCUCGACGAGAGCGAGUUCGGCAAGGAGACCAUCGUGGACUCGCGGGCGGCGGAGCUGCAGGGGCCCGCGCUGUACAUCGGGUCGGACAAGCCCCUCACCGCCUACGACAUCGGGCGGAUGCAGUGCGUGGGCAACUCUGCGAAGCGCAUGGACUGGACCUCCAGCGGCCGCUUCGGCGUCGGGCUGAACGUGAUGUACCGCUACUGCGACUGCCCCCAGCUGAUGGCCAACGACCGGCUGCACUUCUUCGACCUCACCCGCAGCUUCGUGGCCCACGGCGGAGGCAAGCGCGGCAGGCAGUUCACCGUGCAGAAGCUGCGGGAGAACUUCCCCGACAACCACUCGCCGUUCGAGAUCGACAUGGCCAAGCGGUUCCCCACGAUCUUCCGCAUGGCCCUGCGGCCGAAACGCUCCGACCUGGGCGUGAAGAUGCCUCUGACGACCAUCAGGGAGGAGCUCAAGAUGGCUGCAGACCUUGCUGACAAGAUGCUGCUGUUUGCGAAGAACCUUCGGAAAUUGGAGUUCUGGGAUGGCAAGAAACUCAUUGCCGCUCACGAGGCCAAUCUCCAGGACAGGGAGGGCUACGAGUCCUACAUGAAGUCGCUCCCGAAGUCGCCGAUCGACCUCAAGCCUGGCGUUUUCAAUUCCUACCUAGGGUCGAAGAUAAUCACUACGGAGCGGUCCGUACAGGUGGCUGAGGGGGACGACGAGGAGAAAGCCGCACCAGCCAAGGUCACUGCCGAGUGGGCCCUCUCCUUCCGCGUCGGGAUCACCGACGACAAGAUGUUCCGAGUGCUGAAGGAGCAGUUCGAGCAGCCGCACGGCGUGGCCCUGCUGCCGAGCGCCGCGGCGGCCGUGAAGGUGUCGCCGGUGGAGACGGGCAAGCGCGAGGGGCGGAUCUGCAGCGGGCUCCCGACCCCGUUCCGGAGCAACAGCUCGGCCUGGAUCAACGGGGCCUUCGCGCUGCUCUCCUCCAGGAAGACGCUGCCGCUUCCCGAGGAGAAGGACCAGCGGCCCUCCCUCGACAAGGCCUGGAACAGGAUGCUGCUGCAGGGGCCGGCCGCCGAGGCGAUGAGGGGGCUCAUCUGCCACAGCACCUCUCUGGUGCUGUACCGCGGCUUCACGAUAGACCAGUACUUCGAGAUCUUCCCCCUGCGCGGCGACAGGCUUCAGUCCAUCCUGGCCAUCUCCACUCUCAAGGCCGCGGUGAAGGAGGCCAUGUUCCCGGUGUCGCGCACGGACAAGGUGUCCUGGGUGGCGGGCCCCGCACCCCUCUUCAAGACCAAGGAGCUCCCGGAGGACGUCCAGGAGGAGCUCAUCGCCGACGGCAUGAAGCUGGUCUACCUGCCGGACAAGCUUCUCAUCGAGUACGAGGAGGCCCUCGGGAGGCCGAAGUCGGUGCUGAAAGCCGAGGACCUCUGCACGUUCCUGAAGGAGACGUGGGCCAAGCUGCACCCCGACAAGGACCCUUCACGGGUCAAGACGGGCGACGCCUUCGACGAUUUCACCAAAGAGGAUCUGACUUUAGAGGACGGCUCCAAGGAGGUCGACUUCGACAACACUGGGAUUGCUUCGCUGGCGACGAAGGAAUACGUCACCAAGCUGCUUGCCUUCGCCAUGAAGGGCCUGUGGGCGUCUCAGUGCAAGGCGGAGAAGGAGAAGAAGGAUCCCGAGACCAAGUUUGCCGUCAGGGCCCUGGUGGGGGUGCCGCUUCUCCUGACGCACCAGCAGUGCCUUACCCCGUUUGGCCUGAGCACCAAGUUCAAUUCGUGGCGAGACAUCCUCCCCGCGAAGAAGAACCUCUUCAUCGACCGCGAGCUGCACAUCGCGGCCAUGGACGUCGUCGACGUCGGCCUCGCGGGGGCCUCGGACCUCGUGAUCGAGACCACGCUGCCGGGCGUGCGGCCCUUCACGCUCAAGGAUUUGUUGCCGUUCCGCGACGCCGUGGAGGCGUCCUUCGACGCCUCGAGCGGCUUCAUGGACGGGCCCAACGAGUCACUGCGCCAGUUCUGGUCGCUAGUGGCGGACACCUUCGCGCAGAGCCUUCAGGUCAACGCCAACCUUGGCCAAGCGGCGUUCAUGAAGGCCAGGGCGGCGGCCGCCGGGGAGAAGGCUGAGUCGCUGAUACAGCUCAAGAACGACGCCUCGUGGAGCAAGGACAUCAUGGACUGGCGGGUCCUCCCGAUCUGCUCGUCCGAGGGGCUGGGCGAGAGCGGCGAGAAUCUCGUGCCGCUGUCGCAGGGGGGUAAGUGUGUGGCCCUCACGCUCGUCAGCCAGGACGAGUCGAUCAUAGACUCCCUCACAGGCAUCCUGCAGGAGUGCGGCGUGGACACCGUCCAGCACGACAUCAUGUCCGACGACCGCAUCCAGAGGCUGAUCCGCACGCUGGUCGUCACGACCAACGAGGACAUGCUGGACCUGCUCAUCACCCACGGCAAGAUCGAGAAUCUCUCUGCCCUGCAGCGCCACGAGCUCCUCGCCUACUUUUCCAUGCUGUGUGUCAAGGGCGGGGUCAGGCUCGAUGCUGUGAGGAAGCUCGCGCUGUUCAAGACCAUCGACGUCGACACCAAGUUCGUCGCCUUCAAGGUCGGGCAGGAGGUCCAGCCGCGAAGAUUGACACGGGCCAGCGGGGAGGAGCCAGCGAGCCUCUCGAUGGCUGCCAGCUACCCCGUGGCUCCAGCCUGCGCGGACAGUGGCGCGGGCCCACCGCCCCUGGCAGAGAAGAGCACCCCUGCGGCGGCGGCAGGCUCCCCCGCCGCGAGCAGAGGCUCCUCCGCCGCUCCGCCCGCCACUGGCGCGGCGCGCCCGGGGGCUGUGGCGCAGCAUGCGCCGCCGCUCGCCCCCAGCGCUGGCGCGGCGCCGGCGCCGGCGCCGGCCGCCGCGGGCGCACGGUCGCCGCCGGUUGUCGCCCAGCUUGUGGCGGAGCGCGUGGGCCCGCAGGUGCACCCGUUCAACCUGGGCAGCAGCGUUCCGAGCCUGUUGGGGGGGGCGUUCUCGUUCAUGUGUGCGGUCAGGAUGGACGGUUUCGGAAAUUGGUCCCGCGUGUUUGACUUCUCCCUGGAGGCCGAUGACGACAGCAUCACGGCUGGGGCCAUAGGUCUCACCCAGGACCUUCAUUUCACAGUCUUUCGCGGCAGGCGGCCCUUCUCCGUGCGCGCGAACAACUUCUUCGAGCCCGGACGCGAAUGUACCAUGCUGUGCACGGUCUCGGCGUCUGGACACAUGAGGGUGUUGAAAGACGGGGCGCUCGUGGGCGAGAACCCACACGGGCUGGCCCCGCUGUCCACCUGGAGGCCGCGCAUGGUGGUGGGUGGUCACUUCAAGUUCAGCGACCAGGUCUUUCGCGGCAGUCUGCGGGACCUGAAGGUUUGGGACCAGGAGGUUUCGUGGUCCGAUGCUGCACGCAGCUGA